AAAAUACGCGCGAGUGACACCUGGCGGCAAAGUUUGAAACUAAAAGGUGGAUCUUAAAAUGUAAACAAUAAUGCGUGCAAUCUAACCUGACAGCAUUAAGCAUUCUAGGUUGCAAGUUGUCAGUGAUAAUAAACAAAUUGAAAGUGAAUUUUAUUUUAUAAGUGUUAGAAAAUUGUUUAAAAAAAUUGAAGAUUAAAAAAAUUUAUUAUGGCUGAGGAAGAAUUUUUUUAUGGAACAUCACUGACUUUAAAAUCAAUAAAAGUUAUUGCGGAGAGUAUCGGAGUUGGUAACCUACCAGACGAGGCUGCUAAAGGUCUUGCUGAGGAUGUCAGCUGUCGACUCAAACAUAUUAUUCAGGAUGCAGCACAAUUUAUGAGGCACGGAAAGCGUAAAAAAUUGCUGCCCCAUGACAUAAAUCGAGCAUUGAAGAUAAAAAACCUCGAACCAAUCCUCGGAUUUAACGGCAAAGAGCACGUUCCAUUUCAAAGCAAGGGUAAUAAUGGCCGGGUUGUGCAUUUUAUUGAGCAAAAAAACCUCGAUUUGCAGGACAUUAUCUCUCAAGCCAAAGGAGCGUCAUUUAAAAAAAUACCAUUGGAUGUAACACUAAGAGCGUAUUGGCUUUCAAUUGACGGAGUUCAACCAGAUGUACCAGAGAAUCCUUCUGCUAUAAAACCUGAAAUUACAACAAGCGAUUCUCCAGAAGCCGAGCUAAGUAUCCAACAAAAGCUAACAAAAAGACAAAAACUCGAUGAAUUAAUCAAGAGACCCGCAAAGCUCCGCAGUGUCGAAACAGUCCAAGUCAAAGACCUAGUAGUCCAUGAGCUGAGUGUGGAACAGCAGCUCUACUACCAGAAAUUAACAGAAGCCUGUAUGUCUAAAAACGAGAAACUAAGAGCCAGUGCUCUUCAGUUGCUCUCAGUGGACCCAAGUCUCUAUGAGAUGCUCGCCAGAAUGUGCACUUUCGUUGCCCAAGGGGUUAAAGUCAACGUUGUUGACCACAAUCUCUCGUUUUUGAUCUACUUAAUGAGAAUGGUGAAGGCACUGCUGGAGAAUCCGAACUUGUGCCUCGACAAAUAUCUCCACGAGAUCAUUCCAGCUGUUGUGAGCUGCUUGGUAGCCAAGCAGCUGUGUGUCAGGCCUGAGAUUGACAAUCAUUGGGCACUACGUGACUUUGUUAGCCAGAUUUUGAGUCGGAUUUCCAGGAAUUUUAAUAAUUCUGUUAAUAAUAUCCAGAUGAGAAUCAGUGGGGUUCUUAGUCAAGCUUUCACGAAUAAUCAAACUUCUUUGGCGUCGCUUUACGGUGCAAUUAUUGGCUUGUGCGGCUUGGGACCUGAAGUUAUUAAAAAUUCAGUAAUACCAAACAUUAAAUUCGUCUCUUGGCGCAUAGAGAUUGUUUUAGAAGGAGCUUCUGCUAGCGAUAAUAAUGCUGCUGGACGUAUCAAGAACGCUUUGUUGAAAAAAGUGAUUCCGGUGCUGAAAAUAGAAAGAUCACCGCCGGACUUUUUAGAAAAAUACAAACAAGAUUAUGGGUACCUAGGUCAAAUAUUAUGCUCAGCUAUUGUUAAGUCUAGAGCUCAAUCCUUUAAGACUAUUGCGUCUAAUCAGCAACGAAGUUUUAGUAUUAAUAAAAAUCAAAAUCAAAGUUUUAUUCAAUAUGUGCAAAAUAAUCAGACUUUAAAUUGACCUUCCGAAAAAAAGUCUUCUAUUUUUGAAUCAAAAUCUGAAACGAGCAUUGAACAUCAAGAAAAAAUGUAAAAUUUAAU